AUGGAACUAGGUGAACAUAACAUCACCUAUGUCCCAUUUAAAGCCAUCAAAGCUCAAGUUUUGGCUGAUUUCAUUGUAGAAGUCCCAAAGCAAACAAUCACUGAAGUAAACACAGCUGCCACUGACCCUCAGACCUUGAAGCCUGGAAGCUUUUUACUGAUGGGGCUUCAAGCGUUGAAGACCACCAACAACGAAGCUGAAUACGAAGCGCUGAUAGCCGGCUUGAGGUUGGCUAAAGAAAUGAAGUUUGAAAAGCUUGAAGUCUUCACAGACUCGUUGCUAGUGUCAAGUCAAGUGAACGACAGUUAUGUUGCAAAAGAGCCAAAUAUGAAGAAAUACAAGGAAAAAUCCAAGGAGUUGAUGAACACCUUCCAAAUGUGUACCAUCAAACAAAUUCCCAGGUCUCAAAAUAAGAAAGUUGAUGCUCUAAGCAAAUUAGCUUCUCUCACCUUUGCCCACCUCACUAAAAAGGUGUUGGUAGAAGUGUUGAAAACUCCAUCAAUCGAAGAGUUGGAAGUUCAAGACGUAAUCACCGAAGAAGGUCCCAAUUGGAUGACUCCAAUCAAGAAAUUCCUUAAAAAUGGUGAAUUACCUGCUGAUCAAAUAGAGGCUGAAAGGGUUAAAAUCAAGUCUAGGCAAUACGUGUUGCAAGGCGAAAUCCUCUACAAGAAGGGUUACCUUGCACCCUUGCUAAGAUGUGUUGGUCCCGAACAGAGCCAGUAUUUGGUCAAAGAGGUUCAUGAAGUCCCAAAGAAUCCCAAGCAUGAUCUUGUCCCAAUAACCUCAGCAUGGCCAUUUUAUAAAUGGGGAAUGGACAUCGUUGGCCCAUUCCCGCCAGCCAAAGGUGGAGUGAAGUUCUUGUUGGUGGCCAUAGAUUACUUCACCAAGUGGCCUGAGGUUAAACCACUUGCAAAAAUCACGAGCAAACAGAUCAUUGAUUUCGUUUGGGAAAACAUCAUUUGUCGUUAUGGAUUACCGGGAGUGCUUGUCACCGACAAUGGAAAGCAAUUUGCUGAGAAGCCUUUUAGCAUUUGGUGCAAAGAAUACAAAAUCACUCAGGUUUUCAGCUCAGUGGCAUAUCCACAGUUAAACGGUCAGGUUGAAAGGAUGAAUCGAAGUGUAGUUGAAGGGAUCAAAGCCAGAUUGGGAAGGUAUGAAAACAAUUGGCUUGAAGAAUUGCCAAGUAUUCUAUGGGCCAUAAGAACAACCGAAAAAACAAGACACAAAAGAACACCCUAUAGCUUGGUAUUUGGAUCUGAAGCCGUGAUUCCAGCUGAAAUAGGAGUUGUAACCAGAACGAACCAUCAACAUGGAUCCCGAAAUAAACCAAAAAGGGACCAUGUUGAACUUACAACUCCUAGAGGAAGCACGGGACCAAGCUGCAAUUCAAGAGGCCAAGUACAAACAACAAAUGGAAGCUUACUACAACAAAAGAGUCAAGAAUGA